AUAACAGUAACCGAAGCCAGACAGAAACAGCUGAUCAACGAUAGCUCCUACCGAUCAAAGAUGCGAGCGGCGAGCUAGCUGGUUAGCCUAGCAUAAUUUGAUGGAGGCUGACUGGGGGGCGGACAACCACGAUGGAGCGGCAAAGACAGGCAAUACCGUUGUUUCAGCAGGUUACUGAGAUGUAUUGAAACUCCAUCAGCUUGGAUACAGUAACUGAGGACGGACAGGAACAGCACGAUAUGCAGUCAUGAAGCGGGCUCGCACUGAGCAGAUCCAGUAUGUGGUGUCUCAGUACCUGAAGAGGAGGCAGUAUGUGGACACUGAAAGCUCCCUGAAAGGAGCCAAGCUCUUCCAGUCAGCUGAAGAGAUGGCUGCCAGCCUCACAGUGCAAACAGAGUCAGGAUGUGCCAACGUCGUCUCUGCAGCACCCUGCCAGUCAGAUCCACAGCAGUAUGAGACUCAGUACUCCAGGCUGCGCUCUUUUCUCUCAGAAACAGAAAUAUCCUGGGCAAAAGAGGUGAGCAGCAUCCUGUAUCCACUCUUCGUCUACCUCCACCUGGACAUGGUGCGCUGUGGCCUGAAGGGGGCGGUGGAUGGCUUUUACGGUCGUUUCCAUGGUGCCUUUCUUCAGGACAGCGAGCAGCGUGCCACUGUAGAGCAGCUCCGCCAUGUUCUCACUGCUCAGGACAUUACAACCAAUCCCAAGCUGAGUGCUUUCCUGGAGCAUAAGUACGUGGUUCACCUGACGGAGCCGGCCCACAGCUACCUGCUGCGCUACCUGCAGAGUGAUGACAACAGCGCCCUCUGCAGGGCCCUCAGCACUCACCUGCAGGUGGAGGUCACCGCUUCGAGGCGCACAGACUACCAGCUGUAUGGAGCUGCCGGCGGUGCAACAGCUGCCCCAAACUCCACCUCAUCCUGGGCGGGAGUGGACGGAGCAGAGGGUGGGGAGGGGGUGGAGGUCCCUGCGGGGAUCCCACAAAGUGAAGCAGCACUGGAGGCUCUGCAGGACAGCAUCAAGAAAGUCCGUGAGGGCCCCCCCUCGCUCACCACCGUCUGUUUUUACGCCUUCCACCACACAGAGCAGAUGCUGAACACCGCUGAGGUCUCGGCUGACAGUCGGCUGCUGGCCGCUGGCUUCGACAGCUCCACGGUGAAGCUGUGGAGCCUCCGAGCCAGAAAGCUGAAGGCCAAACCUCAUCAGGCGGAUGUGUCGCAUAUCCACCUGGCCUGUGACGUACUGGAGGAGGAUGUGGAUGAAGAGGACAGCUCCGGCAGUGAGAUAAAGACGCUGCGAGGUCACAGCGGCCCGGUGUUUCGCACUGCCUUCCUGACAGACAGCUCCGGCCUGCUGUCCUGCUCUGAGGACACAACAAUCCGCUACUGGGACCUGGGCAGCUUCACCAACACGGCGCUGUACCAGGGCCACGCCUACCCCGUGUGGGAUGUGGAUGUUAGCCCCUGCAGCCUUUAUUUCGCCAGCAGCUCCCACGACCGCACCGCCCGCCUGUGGACGUUCUCCCGUACAUACCCGCUGCGGCUGUACGCUGGGCAUCUCUCCGACGUCGACUGCAUCAAAUUCCACCCAAACUCCAACUACCUGGCCACCGGCUCCACAGACAAGACUGUGCGGCUGUGGAGCACACAGCAGGGGGCGUCUGUCCGCCUCUUCACCGGCCACCGCGGCCCGGUGCUGUCGCUUGCUUUCUCUCCUAAUGGGAAGUACUUGGCAUCCGCUGGCGAGGACCAGCGGGUGAAGCUGUGGGACUUGGCAUCAGGGACUCUGUUCAAAGACCUGCGGGGACACACAGACAGCGUCACCAGCCUGUCCUUCAGCCCGGACAGCAGCCUGGUGGCAUCGUCAUCUAUGGACAACUCGGUGCGGGUGUGGGACAUCCGCAACUCCCACAGCGGGACGCCGGCCGACGGCUCGUCCAGCGAACUAGUGGGACUGUACACUGGAAACACCAGCAAUGUGCUCAACGUCCAGUUCAUGGCCUGUAACCUUCUGCUGGUGACCGGAACCGCACAGGAGAAGACGGAGCAGUAGCCACGGCUGAUUGGUGUUUGUGUUUGAAUGAGUCCAGAUGUUGGUUUAAAGUUCUGUUCACCAGGCAGACUCUGAGAGGCUAAACCACACCCCCAACAAUUCGACUUGAGUUUUCCUCAUUAGUUUUUGGCUCAGAAGAAGAAGCAAGACAUUUUUUUUCUUAAAGUCUCAUUCCUCAAAAACUGGCUUCGAUAUUCAUUUAUAGAUUAUUAAUAAUAUUACCAAAUUCUAAUAUUACCAGAGUGUUGACUACAUGUCAGUAUUGCAGAACUCCUCAGUUUCUCUUGUACCUGAUUAUUUAAAUGUGUAAAAUUUUCUGCUAAUUAUAGGAGAAUAUUGUUAAUUAUGGAUUACAAAAAAACUUGCACCGAAAAUGAUCCUGACCUGCGUGAAUACCAAAAGAUAAAAAUGUCUGACGUCCGUCAGUUUGUGGAAAUUUGAGCGACUUUAGCACUGAUUAGCAUUGUGAUGUACAUGGGUUCCUGGUGUACAGAGCGUAGGAACUAUUUCUGCUGUGUUCUUGAGUUGCACCUCGUUUUCCUGCUAAUUAUUCUAACUAUUGCAAUAACAGUCUGAUACUUUGAGAAGCACGUGCUCUUGUUUGGAGUCAAAGAACAAGAUGGAUAUCAGUUUGGUCGCUGUGAAUCCAAUACUACAGACAUAUUUUACAGACUAGCAUAAAGACUGGAGGCACAGUAACAUUCAGUGAAAUGUGUUUUCAGCCAUUAACGUCCACUCCUGCCUCUGAAGUGUGUGCAGACAGCAGCCACUGCAGGCAGCUGGGUUUGAUUCUCAUGGAUAAAAUGUUCUCUUGAUUUAAAGCCCUGACUCACCUUUCAUGCACUACCAUGGAUGAUACAAAUGUUGGAUUUAAAACGUGGCUGCUUUUAUCUGUGAGUAACAGCUGCAGUGAUGAGUACGUUUAUCGGUCAGUGGAUUGACAGAAAAGGAAAGGGAAACUCUUCUCAGAAUCAUUUUAGCAAUUUUGUAAGUAAACAAGAGUCAAAUGUUUGCUGUUUCUAGCUGUGAUCUCAAAACGUGGCUGUGUGAGCGUGUGACAUGGUUGGCAGGAAUGGAAGGGAGAAUUGAAACAGGCAGUUUUCACUAUUUGCUGUCAUUUAUUGACAAAACAAUGAAUCCGUAUUGAAUAUUGUCUAUUUGCAGGCCUUUCAGACAUAAACAGUGUCUCAUGUUCACUGGUACCCAUCGAGUUGGACUUCUGAAAGGGUGACGAGGGUCAAACACAAACACUGAGUGACCGUGUGGACGUUAAACGACAGAAAACCAAGUGGUUGUUUCUCCUCACAGCAGCAGUGGAAGCUGUUGGUCUGUCGGCCUACUGCAGGAUGAGGAACAGUGUAUGUAGUCUUAUUGAGGACGUUUGUAAAAAUCGAAGGCUGCAUUUUUCGCACUAUUCUGUUUGUAACUGUGCAAUGCUUAAAAAGUGUAAAUAUACUGUAUUUUUGUAGUUUUGGGCUACCAAAGUUCUCGUCCAGUUUGUGGUUAAUGAGGGCUAAAAAAUACAAACCCAAAAGCUGAUUUGUUUUUGGUUUGUUUUCAUACAGAAAACUUUUUUUUUUUUUUUACAUUUCAUUCAUAAAUUCAGCCUGGACAUUGUCCUUUAUGUUUGCCAGUAAACUUUUGUUCCCUCCUGUAGCCCUAAAACAGAAAUAAAUAAAAGAAUUUAUUUGAA